AUGAAUACUAAUCAUUCUUUAAAAGUACCACUUGAUUCAUUAUUGGGAAAAGUUGUUUGUAAAAAUUACCUUAUCGUUUCCAAAAUUAAUGAAGGAUCUUUUGGUAAAGUCUAUAAGGCUAUACAUUAAAUUAAGCAAGAUUAUUAUGCUGUUAAAAUUGAAGCUUAAGAACAUCGAUUAAAAAAGGGAGAGACAUUAAGAUUAGAAGCUGAAAUUCUCAAAAAAUUAAAUGGAGAAAAGGGAAUUCCAAGAUUAUACUAUUAUAUUGAAGAUUAAACUUAAAGAGUACUUGUUGAAACCUUAUUAGGUAUCCUUUAAUUAUCAAUAAUAUAGGAAAAAAUCUUGAUGAAUUAUAUAGUUUAUGCAACCAUAAAUUUUCUUUAAAAACAGUGCUUCUCUUUAUGGACCAAGCAAUUAGUCGAUUAGAAUAUCUCCAUUCUUAAGGGGUAAAUAAUUAAUUGAGAUAAAGUAUCCUAGUAUAUUCACAGAGACAUUAAGCCAGAGAAUUUUAUGACAGGAAUUCCACCAAAUGAAAAUCUUAUCUAUUUAAUUGAUUUUGGACUCAAUGCACCUCUAUAUGAUUCUCAAAAAAAACUUUUACCGAAAUUAAAAGGAUAACCAUUAGUAGGAACUGCUCGUUUUACACCAAUCUGUUCUCAUUAAGGAUUUAGCUAAAGCAGAGCAAGUGACUUAGAAUCUUUAGGAUAUUUGGCAAUAUUCUUUCUUAAAGGUUUCUUACCUUGGAUGAAAGUCGAAGCAUAAACUAAAGAAGAACGCUUCUAUUUAAUCGGAUAAAAGAAGAUGAGAGAAACACCUAUGUCUUUAUGGUAUUAUAUAUAUCAAUAAUUUAUUUAGUUAUGGAUUACCUAGAGAAUUUGAAGGAUAUUUUAAUUAUAUUUUUAAUGUCUCAUAUGACACAGAACCUUCUUAUAGUUAUUUAAAAAAAUUACUAAAAGGAUUAAUGCAUAAAAUGAAAUAUGAUGAUACUAUUUUUGAUUGGCAAGAGAUAAUUAAAAAGGAAGAAGAAAGCAAAAAAACUUUUAAUAAAAAAAUGAAAUUAAAUGCUUAAACUUAAUAAUUUUAACCCAUUGAAUCUGAGGAUGAAUAAGAUAGUCCCAAAGUUGCUAUGAUGCAAUCUAAAGAUUCUAAAAAAAGCUCCUCUAAUUUUGUUAAAAGAAGUAUCACUGAUCAAUUUAAUUUCUAAAAAUAAUAAAGUAUGAAUUAGCGUAGCAAUAUUGAACUUUUGAUCUCCUAAAAUGAAUUAUUUAAUCUUAGGUUAAAGUAAAAACUAAUAGUAAAUAAUAUUCAAAAUAACAUUCAAGAAGAACCUGAAAAUUAUGGUUUUGGUGUUAUGAAUGAAUAUUAUCCAUAUCCUACCAUGCAGCAAUAAAUGGAUUAAUUGAUUACAAUUAUUACUAAGUUUAUAAUUAAUUAAUGA